AUGACGUCAACUAAAUCAGAAUGUUCGGAUAAUAAAGAGAUUCUGAUGAAGAAGACGUUGAAUAUGAAAGUGACUUUGAUGGGCAAUGAUGACGUCAUUUUUGAUCUCGGACGACACGAAUACGUGGAUUUUCGAUCCAGAAAUUCUACCAUCCCGAUCUUCACCAACAUCCCGAAGUUCGAUUCUGAAUCCGUCUAUCCAUCGUACUUCGAUCCAUCUGACAAUGUCGUCCCAAAUCAUUUCGGGUGA